GCUAUAUCAAAUUAGAUAACAAUUUCUGUAUAGUUUCACAGGAUCUGUUACAUCAACAGUAUAGAAAUGGUUUCUAAACAUAGUCUCUUUACAAUAAUAUUACUUUUCCAGCAAUCUUUGGGACAAAACAAUUAUGUGACAGUUACAACAACUCUAGGGUCUUUAAGAGGACUUGUGGAGCAAACAGCUUCAGGACUCUCAACAAUAUAUACAUUUAAAGGUGUUCCCUAUGCAGAGCCUCCUGUUGCUGAAUUGCGUUUUAAGCCACCAGUUCCAGUAUCACCCUGGCGUGACACGAAAGAUGCUUUGGAAUUUGGGCCUAAGUGUGUACAGAAAGGAGGUGACAGUGGGGAAGAAGACUGCCUGUAUCUUAAUAUUUACUCACCAGAACUGCCUUUGGGAAACUCUACUCUUAAACCAGUAAUGGUUUACAUACAUGGAGGUUGCUUCACUAGUGGGUCUGGGUCUGCGUAUGGCCCUGAUUACUUUGUUGAGAGCGGGGUUGUUGUAGUUACUAUAAAUUAUCGUCUUGGAGUUUUGGGUUUUAUAAGCACAGGAGAUUUACUGAUACCAGGCAACAUGGGUAUGAAGGACCAAGUGGAGGCCCUAAAGUGGGUGCAGAAAAAUAUAGCGGCAUUUGGAGGAGAUCCUGACAAUGUAACCAUUUUUGGCCAAAGUGCUGGAGGGGCAUCUGUACAUUUCCACAUACUUUCACCUACUUCUAAAGGUUUAUUCAAGAGAGGAAUAGCACAAAGUGGAUCUGCUUUGAGUACUUGGGCACUGCAGAGAAAACCAGUAGAAAUAGCAUUCCAACUUGCUGAAAAUCUUGGUUACACAGCAAAAAAUACGACAGAUCUUAUGGAGUUCUUCUUGGCAGCAGAUGCAACAGAUCUUAUGAAAGACAUUUUUGCUGCUGUUCCUGAGGAGGACAGCCUGGCGCUUUUUAAAUGCGUACUCACACCAAGUAUUGAGCCCGAGCAUGAUGGAGCCUUCCUCACAGUAGAGCCAAUAGAACUUGUGCAGAGUGGAGUCUACACUGAUGUUGCUUACAUGACUGGAAUCACAUCUGCCGAAUGUUUGAAGUUUGUGGCUCCAAAUGGUGAGCUAUCGACGGCAGAACAGGUAACUGAUCUGGACCAGAACUUCGAUCUGUACGUAGCACCUGAUCUGCGUCUUCCAACCAAAGAAGAGAGAGAAGAGGGAGCGAAAGAAGUGAGACAGUUCUACUACGGGAAUUCAACCAUAACGCUGCAGGAUAACUAUACAACAGUUGCUUUUACGAGCGACAUGGUUUUUGGCGAAGGGAUUGAUCUCGUGGUCCAGAGGAUGGCACAGCAUGGCACUCAGCCUGUCUACUAUUACCGAUUCUCUUACGUUGGUCCUCUCACAGCUUAUCCUGGAUAUGAUGGUGCCAAUCACAGCAACGAUAUAAAUUACAUGUUCGUUGGAAGAGGCGCUGAGACACUGGAAGACGGAUCUGAAGCCGCUCUUGUCAGAAGCAGACUCAUUGCAAUGUGGACAAACUUCGCUAAAUACGGGAACCCAACACCUAAUGUGGACUCUGUAGUUACUCAAAACUGGACUCGAUACACCACAGAAGAGGCACCUUAUUUGAACAUCGAUGCGAAUUUAACUCUUCGGCACAAGUUAAAACAAAGUGAAUAUGCAUUUUGGCACAGUCUUUUGCCGUAGGCCUACAAUGUGAAGCAUUUAAAGUUGGAAUUUCUUCCCUCUUGUUAUCUACCAAAUGACUGUCCACUUUCGUUUAUCUACCCGUCACUCCGCCGAAAUGCAGCUCACAGCCUUAACAACAGUUCCAGUGAAUCGUACCCAUUGAGACAAAACAUUAGUUUAAUGUUUACGUAGAACUUCCUGAGAGUCUCUCUGUGCUGCUGCUCCAUUCUAAUUUUGAUUUCAUCAGCACACACUGUGUUUUUCUCCCUGCUUCAAUGAAACUUAACUAUGAGCUCCAGUUGCAGAAGAAGAUUUUUGUUCAUAUAUUAAAUGUCAGUAAAAUAAUGUA